CUCUGGUAUUGACACCACAGAUGAUUGACACUAUUGACAGUACAAAAGUACAAAUUGCAGUAAAAGUUUUUAUUGUUUUUGAAAAUUUAAUUUUCCUUAUUAAAUAAUAUUUUAAACAUUAUUUUAUUAAAGGUUGAUAAAGCAUGUAGAUGAACAUUUAAUUUUAUUAAAUUUGAUGUAACUUUUAUAGUAUGUUUUUGAGUGAAGAAGCUAUAGAUGAGGAUCUUGAGGCCUUACUGUAUGCUCAAAUUUAUUAUGGAAAACCAGACUGUAGAGUUAAUGAUGGAGAAAUUAGUAAGGAAGAUUUGACUACUGCUAGCCUAGAUAAAGAUUCCUUAGACAAUAUUUACAGACCAAAUAAUUUUUGCUCUACCUCAAGCUCUAUUCUGAAUAAUAUUCAUACAUCUGAAAAAAACAUAGAUAGCAUUCAGAACAGCCAUAAGCAAAUUACUAAAAACAUACCAUCAAACAACUCACCUCAACAUAAAUCUUUAUUUAUGUAUUCAGUAAAAUUUCAAAGAAAGUUAGAUGAUUUUAUAAAAAUUUGCCCCCUGUCAAAAAAAAUUCAAAGAGAUUUAAGAAAGUUGAGAAGUGGUCAGUUAAGUGAAGAAUUUUUGUUGGAGAAGUUGAAUAGAAGAUUGCAGAUUUCUCAACUGAGCAAUAAAAAAAAGGAGGAAAAUUAUGAGGACAUUGUUUGUUUGAGUAGUGGCAGUGAAGAUUCUGAUUUGCAAUUAGUAGACUUAACUGACAUAUUUCAUGGUCAAAGUUUAACAGUUAAUAGUUCUGAUCAGUAUUUUCCUAGUACAAUGGAAAGAGAAAACUCAAAUGAAAGUGAUGAUGAAGUUAUUUAUAUAGCUCCACCACCAGUGCCAGUAAUAGAUAUAGACGAAAGUGAUCCUGAUACUCCUAAUACUGAAACUCAUGAAAUUCUAAAUGAUUUUUUAGUUAACGAACCAAACUGUUCUACUGAAAAUUUUAAUUUUAGUCUUCAUGGUGUGGAAUUUCAAAAUUCUGAUUUUGCCAGGCCAGCUAAUCCAAGUGAUAUAUAUGAGACAGAAAGUAGCACAAGUACAUCUGAUUUUAAUAAAGAUUCUACUAGAAAUUUUAGUAAUACAGUAAAAACGAUUGUAUUUAAUGAAGUGGAAUUUCCCAAAGAUUCCUUUGCAGAGAAUAAUUUAGAAAGUUUUGGUGAAAUGAUUACACCAAAGCGAACUAAACAAAAAAAUUAUACAAGUAAACAAGCUGAUUCAACAACUAGUUCUGCGACAAAGAGAUCUAUUACAGACACAUCUUCAGAAAGCAGUUCUGAAAGUGAUUAUGAAACGUCAAAUCUUCAGUAUAACUUGCCUGAUUUAACCCCUAUGAAUUCAGAUAGAUCACCUCAAAAAUUGAAGAAGGUUAAUUCUGAAUUGCUAACAAAAACUACAAAAAGAAGUAAAAGAUUAACUGGUCAAACUACUAGUGAUGAUAUAGAUAAGAAAAAAUCAAAGAAAAGAAAAAAGACAACUAAAAUAUUAGAGGUGGAAUCUGACGUUAACGUCGGUGAUUUAGGAACUAAAAAUGAGCAUGAUCUACAUGAUUUGGAAGUAUCACCACCAGAAACAUCAAAAUAUAUCAGUGACUCCAAUAAUUUAAAGGAAAAGAAAAAAAAGAAACUGAUAGACAGUGAAAAUGUUUUACAGAAGACCAAAAAAAAGAAAAAGUUAUUUGAAAGCAAUUCUUUGAAUAAGAGUGUAAUUUGUAAUUUAAAUCAAGAAGUCAAAGAACCAGAAGCAAUUGAUAUUAAUAAUCUAGCUUUACCUGAAGGUGAAAAGAAACUCUCCGAUGACAGAGCAAUUCUUGUUGUACAUUCAUCAGAUUCUGAAGAGGAUUUUGUUAGUUUUGAAGAAAUUGGUGAUAAUAUCCAAUUGGCUAAUACCAGAAAUGUGGAUAAGAAAUGUUUGGAAGUUAGAGAUUAUUCUGAAUUCGAUAUCAAUGUCUUACAAAGCAAAAUGUCAGGUGAUCCAGCUAAAUGGGAAAUCAUUUCAUCUGAUAUGACACUCUUGCCUAAUUACCCUAGAGGUAUAAAAUGUCGCAGAUGUAGGCAAUAUGGUCACUUAGCCGUCAAAUGCUUGAGUAAACCGUCGCCUCCGAAAUGUUCCCUUUGUGGACGCUUCGGCCAUUUCGAACCUAGAUGUCCCAAUAAAGUUUGUUUCUCGUGUGGUAAUCCAGGAAAUUUUUCUACGACUUUCUGUUGGAAAUGUGUUGAAGGCCGAAGAGCAAUAUGUAAUGUAUGUAUGAUACCCGGGCAUUAUUCUGAAUUUUGUCCUGAUUUAUGGAGACGAUACCAUUUAACGACUCAAGAAGGUGAUUUGGUAUCCCCAAAAGAUGGAGUAGUAUUAAAACCUCAAGAACAGCAAUGGUGUUCAGGUUGUGCAUCUCAAGGGCAUUUAGAGUUCCAAUGCAACAGCUAUAAAUGGCAUAGGGAAUAUCCAGCAGCUUCUCCAGAAAUUUUUAACUACAAAAACAUCUACCCAGUAGUGAAUAUGCCGGUUGCACCAAAAAAUAUAGGAUUGGUAGAAGUGUCUAUUUCCUCUAAUCUAAACCAACCUGAACUUGCUAAGCAAAAUUUCGAGAAUAGUUCAUUUCAAGACAUUGAUAAAGAACAACAUCCAAAUGAUAGCCAGGAACAACAUUCACAAAACAUAUCUAACGUGUAUUUCCCUAAUAGCGCAAAUCAAGAUAAUUUUCAAACAAAUAGUCCACUACUUAAAUCAAAAAGUAUAAUUGCACAGAGUCCUGAAAAAUCACAAAAUUCAAUAAUUGGAGACAGAACCACUUGUAAAAUUAAUCCACUAUCUCUAUCUAAUAUUGACCAUACAUUAAAUCAAAAUCAGAACGUUAUAAAUCCAUAUUCACUAUUUAACUCUGCAAUUAACAAAAAUACAGAAUUUUUCCAAUCUGUUCCAAGGUCCUCAAUAAUAAGUCAACUAAACAAUCUUCAGGGGUCCAAUAAUUUUGGUGAUCCAUUAUAUCAUUCAAUUUUAGUUAAUUUACAUUCCCAUAACUCCACGGAGACACCCUAUCAGCAGGUUAAUGUGUAUAACAUGCCAUCAGUUAAUAUAGGACAGAUGCCUUCUCUCAUUGAUAGUGAUAGAUACAAUUUUGACAAACGUCAUGAAAUAUCAUUAUCUAAUCAUCAAGCAGAUAAACAGUGUGAAACCAAUGAUAGUCAUGUAAACCAGUUUGUUCAUUCAGUAACUAAAAUAUUUCGUGUUUCAUCACAAGAGUGUAUUAAACAUUUUCUUAGCAAUGAACUAGCUAAAUUAGACAAAUUGGAAUUGAGUGCAAAAGACGUUAAAAGGAAAAUGAAUAUUAUUGACAAAUUAAAAAAAAAGAAAUCUGCUACUACAAAUAAAUCAAUUAAAACACAAAUUCAUUAUUUGUAUAGAAAAAUAAAUAUGUUUUUAUUUGGCGUGUACAAAAUUUGUAAUGGAAAGAAAUACUUAGAUUUUUUAAGAAAUUUCUUGUAUAAUUCUGGGGGAGUCUUAAAACCUACCAAAAGAAAGGCACUCAUAGACGCUUAUAGUUACAUAUUUGGCGGAGAACACCAUAACUUCAAUUAUAGGCAUUAUUUAAACAAGUCCUUAGUCAUGCAACGUUAAUUUUGUAAAGUUUUAUACUACCUCGGUUUUUUUAAUUUUUAUGUACAUCAAUUUAAUGAAGCUGGCAUGUGACAAUAUGUUUUGUUAAAUUUUUAAUAUUGUUUUGUAUAAAUUAAAAAGUUUUCUAUACAUUUUUUAGUUACUACUAUUUACGUAUGAAAUUAAAUCAUAAAUAUUUCCACACAAAUAUAAUUCUAUUAAUCUAAUUAUCUAUUCUAAUUUCUUAUAUGUUAUAUUUACAAUUUUUCAUAUGUCAUAUGUAAAAAUAUAACGUUAAUUUC